CACAAUGGCAAUAGCUGGGGAAAACCCAUCCCCCAAUAAGAUUGCCCCAAUUGUUGCUGCCUAUGCCAUCCUCAUGAAUGCCAGGAAUGAAAAGUUGUCAGCGUGGCACAGACUCACAACAGUUGUAUCCAUCAAAGGGCACUUGGAUGACUCGGCACUAACACUAUUCAACCGCAUGGGGCUGACAAUGUCGACAUCAUCCAAACUGCGCCUACUGGAUGAAGCUGGUGAAAUGCUGGAAGACAACAUCGCCAGAAGUCUAAGAAAAAACCCACUUAUCAAAAUUACGGGUGACAAUUUGGACAUCUAUGUCAGAACAGGACAUCAUUCACUGGACAGACACAACAAGGACCUCCACACGUUUGCCUCAAAUAUCAUCUUCAGCAGGGUAGGUAAUGUUUGA